AUGGAAAGCCAAGAGCAGCAAAAGACAUCAAGGGUUGUUGAGGUGGACUCAAAGCAGUCAUGGGAUUCCUAUGUAACUAAAGCCACCGAUCAAGGCUGCCCUAUUGUGGUACACUUUACUGCUGCAUGGUGCAUGCCAUCGGUUGCGAUGAACCCUUUGGUUGAGGAAUUGGCAUCAACUUACCAAGAUAUGUUGUUCCUCACUGUUGAUGUGGAUGAUGUCAAGGAGGUAGCAACCAAAUUUGAGAUUAAGGCUAUGCCAACAUUUUUGCUGAUGAAGGAAGGUGCUCAAGUGGACAAGAUUGUGGGUGCCAAUCCAGAUGAGAUAAGGAGAAUGAUUGAGGGUUUUGCUCAGCCCAGUCGUGUGUAUGUGGCCUAG